AUGCCUGCUCCGCCUAGAGUAUCACCUCCAAGUCCUCCAAGUGGUGCAAUCUCACCACCUGAUAAUCCACCCCCGCUUUCCAAAUUGAUAUUCAAGUCUUUCAGAUCAAACAUUUCAGAGCUGGUACCUACAUCGUUCGACGUGGAACCUUCCUGUUCUCCUGUCGUGUUUUCCGGUUCUGUAGUUUUUUCGCUGGAUUCGGUAGAUUCUUCGUCUGUUGAGGUGGAUGUCAAGUUUUCAUCUAUGGCGUUUGCUAGCAUGUUCAGUAGCUGGUCGGUGUCUUUCAGGCAUUCGGGAGUGUUCCCUCCAAACUAUUUUGUAUCAAGAAUUUCAAAAGAGACAGAGUUCAAUAGGUUCGGAGUGGCCGCGCAGUCUACGUUGAACCACCAGUCGCAUACCCGUGCGAACUGGUUGAAGACGGUUCCGUUCGGGCAUAGAAAGCUGAAUUUCUGGCCGUUAGGGAGACACCAGUGCCAUACCUGA